AUGCAGGCUGCCCAGCAGUCCUGGGAAUUCGAAAAUGCCGUCACCCUCAUAGACCCCCACCGAGACGCGCUCUACAAAUACGAUGAAGAGACACACAAAGCUCUUAGCGCUCAGCGCCCUUGGUCCAAAGACCCACACUACUUCAAAUCGAUCCGAAUCUCCGCCGUCGCACUCCUCAAGAUGGUAAUGCACGCGCGGUCCGGCGGCUCCCUCGAAGUAAUGGGCCUAAUGCAAGGCUAUGUCCUGCCCGAAACCUUCGUGGUAACCGACGCCUUCCGACUUCCCGUAGAGGGAACCGAAACGCGAGUCAACGCCCAAGACGAAGCCAACGAAUACAUGGUCUCAUACCUACAGUCGUGCCGGGAUGCAGGACGGAUGGAAAAUGCAGUGGGCUGGUACCACAGUCAUCCCGGGUACGGGUGCUGGUUAUCGGGCAUUGAUGUGACGACGCAGGAUAUGCAGCAGCUCGGGGGACCGUUUGUGGCGGUGGUGGUUGAUCCAGAGAGGACGAUCUCAGCAGGGAAGGUGGAUAUUGGGGCAUUUAGGACGUUUCCGAAGGAUUAUACGCCGCCGAAAGGGGAGGGGGGUAGUGGUGCUGGGGAGGAUGACUAUCAGACGGUGCCGUUGAACAAGGCGGAGGACUUUGGGGCACAUGCGUCACAUUAUUAUUCGCUGGAGGUGUCGGUGUUUAAGAGUGCGUUGGAUACGGAGAUUCUGUCGUUGCUGUGGAAUAAGUAUUGGGUUGCGACGUUGAGUCAGAGUCCGUUGUUUACGACGAGGGAUUAUGGGAGUAAGCAGAUGGUGGAUUUGAGUCAGAAGAUUAAGCGGGCCACGAGGGGCGUGGAGAGUAGUGCUUCGCGAGGGAAUCUGGCGCAAGUUAAGGAUCCGCAGUUGGAGAGGGUGGCGAGGGAUGGGCAGCGGAUUGUCUCGGAAGAAGUGAAGGCAGGUGUAUAUGUCCAUAGGAGAACAGAUCAGCACAAGGGGACGACAAGAGGGGUAAUCAUGAAUGAAAAUGCCCAAAGCAAAGACCAAUCCGUCAAUAGUAGCCUGCGUCGUGAUAAAUCAUCAUCCGAACCGUAA